CACCAGCGUAUUUAAUCACUGACAGCUGAACACCGUCUUCUCAAAGCAUAAGCCAUUAACACUUCAGGCCAAUCUCCGAACUAUCAUUUCUUCUACACCAACUACAUCUCAGUUACUGCCCAUCAUGGCCACCGAGCUCAAAGAAUACCUCGUCAUCAUCCCUGAUCUUCCCGACGUCCUAGCCAAGCGACAAGUCCUUCUCAAACCUCACAACCAAGACGCAGCUCCCCUGGUCAAAGCCGGCCGCGUCCCGUUCUUCGGCAGCACCCUUGCUCAUCACAGCCCCGAAGGCCAGCAAGUCGCCGAGAAUGGAACAGUCAUGAUCAUCAAGGCGGAGAGUGAGGAGGAGAUCAGGGAGAUUAUUCGGAAGGAUAUUUUUACGAUCGAGGGGGUUUGGGAUUUCGGAAAGUUGUCUAUUUGGCCUUUCAAGAUUCCGAUCGGCCUCGUCAUGUUCGAAGCAAUCGGAGGCUCCACUCCGGCCGGCUGGGCGAUUAGUCUCUCCGGCUUAUAUCCCGUUGCCAGGAUGCGCAAUCGUCGAGAUAAUUCCUGGGUGGUUCAAAAGUUUGGUGGGACUAGCAUUGGUAAAUUCCCAGACAAGGUUGCCGAGAUUGUGAAAAGUGCGAGGCUUGGAAGUGACAGACCAGCAGUGAUAUGCUCUGCACGAAGUUCCGGAAAGAAAGUCUUCGGAACAACGAGCAGGCUGCUACAAGUCUAUCGGACAUUGAGAGGCAUUGUAGCCAUAACUCAAGACCCUGACAUGCAAGAGUUGCUAUUCGACAGACUUCGUAGCAUCAUUCGAGAUAUCCGUGAUGACCAAGUCGCCACUGUUCAGAUAUAUAUCUUGAGACAGGAUAUCCGUGAUGAGACAAUUCGACAGAUCACCGCAGAUUGCCAAGAGCUACUUGACUACACGUCCGCUGCUAAGCGCUUCAAUCUUGACAUCAAUGGCAAAGCAAAGGACAAAAUGGUCAGCUUUGGUGAGAAGUUGAGCUGUCGACUCAUGGUUGCUAUGCUGCGAGACAGAGAUAUCCCAGCGGAAUACGUCGAUCUCUCUGAUAUUGUACCCAGCAAUAACCUGGAUCAGUUGAAGCCUGAGUUCUUCCAUGAAGCUGCUGCAGUCUUUGGAAAGCGGGUCGAAGCUUGCAAUGGGAGAGUUCCCGUCAUCACCGGCUUCUUUGGCACUGUUCCCGGGAGUUUGAUAGACAGUGGUAUUGGAAGAGGAUAUUCUGAUCUGUGCGCUGUUUUGGUGGCGAUCGGUCUGCAUGCAGAAAGAGUGCAGAUAUGGAAAGAGGUUGAUGGCAUCUUCACAGCUGAUCCCAGAGAAGUCCCUGACGCUCGAUGCUUGCCUUCAAUUACUCCGUCAGAAGCAGCUGAACUGACAUUCUAUGGAUCCGAGGUCAUCCAUCAUCUUGCACUGUCUCUGGCAAUUCAAGCGAAGCCCCCAGUUAGUAUCUUUGUUAAGAAUGUGCAGAAGCCGUGGGGUCAAGGAACUGUUGUUGUUCCCAGCGAUGGUGAUGACACAUCUUCGUGGCCGAUCGAUUACCUGGAUCCUUCUGACUCGGACAGUACUUCAUCCACAGCACUGCCGAAAAUGCCGACAGCUGUCACUAUCAAACGAGACAUUACCAUCUUCAAUAUUCUGAGCAACAAACAAUCCAUGUCUCACGGUUUCUUCGUCAAAGUCUUCACCAUCCUGGCCGAGCACGAUAUUUCAGUGGACCUAAUCUCCACCUCGGAAGUCCAUGUCUCUAUGGCAAUCAACAGUUCCAACAUGGAUCCUUCUCAGAUCAAGAGUGUUCAGUGCAGACUUUCUGAAGAAGGAGAGGUGAAUGUGUUGCCAGACAUGGCUAUUCUGAGUCUCGUUGGUGCUGAAUUGAAGAAUAUGACUGGCAUUGCUGGAAGGAUGUUCGCUAUUUUGGGGGAGCAGCAUGUGAACAUUGAGAUGAUUUCGCAAGGCGCGAGUGAAAUUAACAUAUCCUGUGUGAUCCCGGAUAAGGACGCCACUAGGGCUCUGAAUAUGCUGCAUGAUGAAUUGUUUACGAAAAGCGCUAUCUAG